CGCGCGUGAUUCCAUAUGCACGCUCGUGUGGUCUGAAACGUGGAGCAUCCCACGAAGUGCACAUCAGGCUUGGUGAAACAUCCAGCGACAAUAAAUAAUACAGGCUAGGCUACGAUAGUUAGAGUAGGCUACUCGAUGGUUUGAACUGGGAUAUUUCGAACGGUUACGCAUGAGCCGCGGCAACAGUGUGAACAGUGAAAGGACAAGCGGGAUCAAGUACAAGAAUACUUGGACGAAUACUCAAUACAUUUUGGGGGGGUAACGUUGACUAAUUGUCGCCCAAACGACCAGAACAUGAAGAAAAGUCCUGCGAAUUCAGCUCUAAAGAGGUCAUUUGAGGUGGAGGAUGUGGACACCUCGGUCAACUCCUCGCCAGGCUCCCGCCGGGUUCCCAACAACACCAACCACCGCCCCGUCACGUCCCCCACCAGCAUCUACUACCGUGAACUGGGCGCCAGCAAUAACAACAACGGCUCCAUCUCCAAGACCAUCAUGGGAGGGGGCGGCUCCAAGCCUCCUGAACCCAUAUCCCGAGGACGCACGGAGCUCUCCAUCGACAUUUCCUCCAAGCAGGUGGAUCCAACCAGCCCUGGUUCCCUCCGAUUCGCUGCAAAACGGCCCGAGGUCCUAGGCCACUCCAAGACACCCGAGAUGGGCCACAAACGGGAGGUGACCUUCUCUAAAAUGCCCCAGGAGGUGGUGAUUCGCGCAGGGGCCCGGACCCCUGAGCCACCCAGCCAUGCCCGGAGGUUCGAGCCCCUCAGUCUGGGGGACAGCCCGGCCGCGAGGACUACACCAGGGAUCAGUGUCACCAAAGCACCCGAGACAACGGGGAAUGGAAAGAACAACCACGAGAACCAUGGUCAUCAUGCGCCGGUCCACCACCCGCACCACCCCAACCCCCACCACAACACCAUCGUCACCACCAUCCGCUGCUCCUCGCCCAACCGCACCAAGUCCCCCAACCCUGACAGGUCAGAAGUCAAUCCGAGCCACAGCAACAUGUCCGCCCCACCACAUCCGCAACCCCCUGCCAAGGGAGCGUCACAUGGCACUGGCGACUUCAGCUACGUGGGCAUCGAUGCCAUCCUGGAGCAGAUGAGGAGGAAGGCCAUGAAACAGGGCUUUGAGCUCAACAUCAUGAUCGUCGGUCAGAGUGGUCUGGGGAAGUCAACCCUGAUGAACACCCUGUUCAAGUCUAAGGUCAGCAGGAAGUCUGUGGUGUCCAACCCCGAGGAGAGGAUCCCCAAGACCAUCGAGAUCAAGUCCAUCAGUCACGACAUCGAAGAGAAGGGCGUGAGGAUGAAACUAACGGUAAUCGACACUCCCGGCUUUGGGGACCACAUCAACAACGAGAACUGCUGGCAGCCAAUCAUGAAGUUCAUCAACGACCAGUAUGAGCAGUACCUGCAGGAGGAGAUCAACAUCGACAGGAAGAAGAGGAUCCCAGACUCACGGGUUCACUGCUGCAUGUACUUCAUACCACCUACUGGACACUGUCUGAGGCCCCUGGAUGUGGAGUUUAUGAGUCGUCUGAGUAAAGUGGUCAACAUAGUCCCUGUCAUCGCCAAGGCAGACACACUCACCCUGGAGGAGAGGGACUUCUUCAAACAGACGAUCAGGGAAGGACUGCGAGCCAACGGGAUCGACGUCUACCCUCAGAAAGAGUUUGACGAGGAUGCUGAUGACAGGAUGAUCAAUGAUAAGAUCAGGGAGAUGAUCCCAUUUGCUGUGGUGGGGAGCGACCAGGAGUACCAGGUCAAUGGAAAGAGGCUUCUGGGCAGAAAAACAAAGUGGGGAACCAUAGAAGUUGAGAACAUUGCACACUGUGAGUUUGCCUACCUGCGAGACCUUCUCAUCAGGACCCACAUGCAGAACAUCAAGGACAUCACCAGUAGCAUCCACUACGAGGUGUACCGUGUCCGCAGGCUGAACGAGACCAACGCCCAGCCCAAUGGCCAGCCACCCAACACACUGGUUAACCCACAGCAGGCCAACGGGGCGGCAGCACAGCACCAAGUCCUGACCCAUGAGAUGUAAAUGUCUGACCAUCUGCAAACAAAUAAACACACACGCACACACACACAGACCCAUAUAUAUAUCUUUAAUGGCUGGCAACUGUGACACACCACAUGCAAACACACCACGUGACACACACACACCCAUCCUAACUGGCUGACAUGGACUGUACACACUCCAAAGAGGAUUCCAAUAUCAAGUAUAUAAUAAUUCAUACAUGAUCAACUGCUAAACAGAGUUUCUGUUAGCUGGAAGUUCUAGUGUAGGUCGUUGUAGGUCAGAGCUGUUGGAUAAACAGUACAAGAUGUCCCCUAGGGAGAUGGGAUACCACAGUAUUAUAGCAUACAGAUGUGUACAGACCAGCUAUCGAAGUAUAGCACAUCAAUUAGCUAAACUAGAAAUUACUGGUCGAAAUGACCUGUUCUACGUUUGGAUUGUGCUGUAUAGUGUUGUCUAGAUAUUGGAGAUAUUCGGAGGUAGGGUUUAGCUUCUUUGUACAUUUUGGACACAUCUGCACUGCCCCGAAAAGCAGCAAUGCAGUGUGGAGCAGCUUUGAAAUCCCUUUGUCUUUUUCCGUUGCGUUUUCAUAUGUUUAAGACCUCUUGCCAAACCAUCCUGUCUAUACCAAUAUGCCAAUGUCGUAUCUUGUUAAACGUAUCAUGUUCAUUCAUACAGUGCAUUUUACAUUUACUGUUGUGUUAUAAUAUUAUUGUAUUGUUGUCUGGAUGGUGGGGAUGCAGGGAACAGACAUCCCCCAUGCUCUCUGACCUUUCUCUAAACCAAAUAAAUGUCCUUUCUGUUUUAAAGAGAAGCGAAAUAUAUAGAAUUGAUUUAUAAAUAGAUAUUUAUGCUUGUUAUGUAUUCACUUUAUAAUUGAGUUUGAUAUUCAUAUAGCCUACCAGUCGACCUACACACUCCCGUUGUUCUCAGAGAGGAUGGAAAAUCUUCAGAGAUCCUCUUUGGUUGUAUCUCCUUGCCAUCAUGCAUUGUCUCCCGUGUAUUUAUAGAGAAUUCUAUGAAUCUAGAUUUACAUUGUCUUUUUGGACAUGAUACAGAAUAGGACUACAGGUAGGUUGAAUAUGUAGCCUACAUGCACCGCUUGAAAUAAUAUUUAGUUCCCCGACAGUUUUGCAUUCCCGGUGUAGUCAAUGUAUAACACCCUUAUCUUCCCUACUAAACAUUUAUUCCAAAAAGUCAUAAAUGUUCCCUUCAGCCAAACACAAUUCUUCACUCCGCCAGAAACUCAUGGACAGAGGUCAAAACCAAGAGUACUAUUCAUUCAGCAAUGUAGCUCACGUAACAUAAACAAUGACGAAAGGUAAUACAAUGUUUACUGUUGUAUAGUUAUUGUGUAAUUUGUUAUAGUAUGAUGAGAGUAUGGUUUAUCUUUGAUAUGCUAUGUCAAAUAAAUAAAGAUUGAUAUUUUUAUUGUU